UAAAGACGAGAGCGGGGUCGAACGAUAAAGAGCGAGGAACAGCCAAUUGUUUGGGCUGAUUGCGCUUAAUGAAGUGUCGGAUAUGUCAUGAGCACAGACAAUAAACAAGACAUCGCAGUCCGCAGACGGUGUUCGAUGCAGAUGCAUCUGUGAGAUACAAAACCAAAAAACAUAUGGCCGGGAAAUGUGAGAUAUGAAAAGUGCAAAGUGACAAAACCAGCUAAAUUAUGUAGGCCUGGUCGAAAUCGGAGACCUGGUCAGAAUCGCAAACAUAUUCCAAAGUGUCCCCGUGCCCCGGAAAGAGGAGAUGAGCCAGAACCUCCAAGUGAGCUACACCGCGUUGGGCAUGUCGGACGAUAAUCAAACCUGCAGCUACUCGAUGCCCUCGGUGGCGUCUCCCACCCUUAACCACCGCCUGCAGCGCAAUGUCAACUUCAACGAGGACCUCAACGACCUGGCCGGCUACCCCCCGCAGCAGCUGCCCCCCGCCCCGGCGGUCCGGCGCUUCUCCAAGUCCAUUUUCCAGCGACCGCGCUCCAUGUCCGUUUGGAGUGACAUCAGCCGCAGCAGCAUGCGCCUGGAUGAAAGAGUUCGUGUGGAGUACUAUGUGAACGAAAACACAUUCAAAGAAAGACUGCAACUCUAUUUCAUUAAGAAUCAGCGUUCGAGCCUGCGCAUACGAAUCGCCGAUUUAUUCCUUAAGUUACUGUCGUGUGUUCUCUACAUAAUACGUGUGAUAUUGGAUAAAAAUCCUACAUUUAUAACAUGCUAUGGCUGCGAAGUGGGCAACAAGACGGAGUUCAUCAUCUCGGCCAAGCUGACGGAGGAGGAGUUCCAGGAGAACCCCAUCAUCAACUGGGACGCCAUACUCUGGGUGAAUCGGCCGACAGUGCUCUGGGUCCUUCAGCUGCUUCUGGCCAUGGUGUCGUUAACGCAAUCUUUGGUUCUCACAUAUCUAGGCUAUAAGGGCAACAUCUGGCAACAGAUACUCUCAUUUCACUUUAUACUAGAAUUAGUGACGACAAUACCCUUUGCACUUACGAUUGUUCAUCCUCCGCUGCGGAACCUGUUCAUUCCCAUAUUCCUCAACUGCUGGCUGGCCAAGCGGUCGCUGGAGAAUAUGUUUAACGACCUCCAUCGUGCGAUGCAAAAGUCUCAGUCGGCGCUCUCCCAGCAGUUGACCAUUCUGUCAGCCACUUUACUGUGUUUGGUCUUCACGAGCGUUUGUGGCAUCCAGCACUUCCAGCGCGCUGGUCAUCGACAUUUGAAUCUAUUUCAGAGCACCUACUAUGUGGUUGUGACCUUCUCCACAGUGGGAUACGGUGACUUUGUGCCGGACAUUUGGCCCUCGCAGCUCUAUAUGGUCAUCAUGAUUUGUGUCGCCCUCAUUGUGCUGCCCACGCAGUUCGAACAGCUGGCCUUCACGUGGAUGGAGCGCCAGAAGCUGGGCGGCAGCUACAGUUCCCAUCGCGCCCAGAGCGAAAAGCAUGUGGUGGUGUGCUCCACCACCCUACACGCCGACACCAUCAUGGACUUCCUCAACGAGUUCUACGCCCAUCCGCUGCUGCAAGACUUCUAUGUGGUGCUGCUCAGUCCCAUGGAGCUGGACACCACGAUGCGGAUGAUCCUGCAGGUGCCCAUUUGGGCGCAGCGCGUCAUCUACAUUCAGGGAUCCUGCCUGAAGGAUGGCGACUUGGCACGCGCCAGGAUGAACGAGGCGGAGGCGUGCUUCAUCCUGGCGGCCCGCAACUAUGCGGACAAGACGGCCGCCGACGAGCACACCAUCCUGCGAUCCUGGGCCGUCAAGGACUUCGCACCGAAUGUGCCGCAGUAUGUGCAGAUAUUCAGGCCCGAGCACAAGCUGCAUGUGAAGUUCGCGGAGCACGUGGUCUGCGAGGACGAGUUCAAGUACGCCCUUCUGGCCAACAACUGCACCUGUCCCGGCGCCAGCACGCUGGUCACCCUGCUGCUCCACACGUCCCGCGGACAGGAGGGCCAGCAGAGUCCGGAGGAGUGGCACCGGCUGUACGGCAAGUGCUCCGGCAACGAGAUCUACCACAUUGUCCUGGGCGACAGUCGAUUCUUCGGGGAGUACGAGGGCAAGAGCUUCACCUACGCCAGCUUCCAUUCGCACCGCAAAUACGGAGUGGCCCUGGUGGGCGUGCGUCCGGCGGAGCUGCCCGAAUUCUACGAGGAGACCAUCCUGCUGAACCCCGGACCCAGGCACAUUAUGAAAAAGGAUGACACGUGCUAUUACAUGAGCAUCACCAAGGAGGAGAAUUCCGCAUUUGUCGUUAAUCAAAAUCAAACAUCGGACUCGGCGGCUGGGGCCAAAGAGGGGGGCGGGGCCGGAGGCCCCUCCUCGACCGCCUCCCCCCACCCCGCGGCAGCAACUGCCAAUCCAACAACAACAACAACAGUAACAACAACAGUACAAGCAACAACAACUACAACAAUUAGCACAACCUUCACAUCAUCAACAUUACUAUCAGCAUCAACAACAACAGCAACAAUAAAUGCAACCUCAACCGCCGCAGCCGCACCACCACCAGUGCCGUCUGUUUGUGUGCGUGUGCCCCUCAGUCCCAGUUACGAUGGUGGUGGUGGCACCACUAGUACCGGCACCACCCACUUGCAACCGUAUCCGUAUCCGCAAACGUAUCCGCAAUCGUAUCCGCAAUCGCAUCCGCCAAUGCAAACACCAGACAGUGGCGAGUUUGCAUCACUAUUUGUGCCCAGCGAUAAUCCGACGGCUGUGAUAAUCUCGGACUCCAGGCAGAACCUCAAGGACACGACGGUGACCCAGACGGCGGCGACCAUAACCACAACGACCCUGCCGCCUCCGCACCAAACCAUGGGAUCCCCGAGCAUGGCAGGGGGAUCGGGAGGAGGCGGAGGAGGCCUGGGCGUGGGCAGUGCCCACAGCAUGGGCACCUCGCUCAGUGUCACCCCAGCCGCCCUGACCACCACGGGCAACCACCUGGACGUGCCCUUCGCCAACAAUCCCAACCUGCUCAGUCCGGACGUGCUCAACCAGCGGAGGGGUAGCAGACGUCCCUCGAUCCUGCCCGUGCCCGAUAUGUUCACCUCCUCCUCGUUCAGCAUCGCCGGCAAUGACGACGGCGAGGAGGGGGACGAGAGCGACGAUGAGAUCGACGACGAGAUGCCCUGGCGGUCGCCCUCCGAGAAGAUUGCCUGCUUGGGCGGGCACUUUCCACAAUCGCGAACCUAUUCGCUCAUCAUGAGCUCCUCGGAGGAAUCCUAUCAGCGCGGUUGCAGCUUCUGCAAUGCCACAGCUUCCGUUUCCACUUCCACUGCUGCUGCUGCUGCUACUGCUGCUCCUACCGCUGCUCCUGAUUUUCCAGGGGACUCUGCAGGCGAAUCCCUGACUAAUGCCGACUCGGUUGACUUUGCCACUGCCCUGCCGUCCGAGGAGUAUCUGCCGCAGUUGCGCAGGCGCGUGAUGAAGAAGAGCUACAGCUGCGACAGUGAGUGCCGCUUGGUGCCCGGAUUGGGCGGAGGAAUGGGAGCGGGCUUGGGUCUGGGUGGCGGCACCCUGGCCAGACUGGCGGCUCGCAGGCGGCAGUUGCAGCGAUGCUGCUCCUGCAGCUGCUCCACCACCACCACAACAAACACACCCAAAAUGGCGGUGGCAGCGGCAGCAAUGGCGGCCGGAAGUGGGGCAACGGCAUUCACGUCGAGCAGUUCCGUAGAGACACGUCGACCGGUGCGUCCGGUUUGGGUCUACGACUACUCCUGCAUCGUCAAGGGCUUUCCGCCCGUGUCACCUUUCAUCGGCGUGAGUCCCACCCUGUGUUACCUGCUCAAAGAGAAGAAGCCCCUCUGCUGUCUGCAGCUAGCCCAGGUCUGCGAGCACUGCAGCUAUCGAAAUGCCAAGGAGUACCAGUGGCAGAACAAGACGAUCAUCCUGGCAGCGGAUUACGCCUCCAAUGGCAUAUACAACUUCAUCAUCCCGCUGAGGGCCCACUUUCGAUCGAAGACCUCCCUGAAUCCCAUCAUCCUGCUGCUGGAAAGGCGGCCAGAUGUGGCCUUCCUGGAUGCUCUCUCCUACUUUCCUUUGGUCUACUGGAUGCUGGGUUCUAUCGACUGCCUGGAUGAUCUCCUGAGAGCUGGCAUCACUUUGGCCGAGAGUGUGGUGGUGGUCAACAAGGAGCUCUCCAACUCCGCGGAGGAGGACUCCCUCUCGGACUGCAACACCAUUGUGGCCGUGCAGAAUAUGUUCAAAUUCUUUCCCAGCAUCAAGAGCAUCACCGAGCUGUCGCAGAGCUCCAACAUGAGGUUCAUGCAGUUCCGGGCCCACGACAAGUACGCCCUGCAUCUCAGCAAAAUGGAGAAGCGCGAGAAGGAGCGCGGCUCGCACAUAUCCUACAUGUUCCGGCUGCCCUUCGCCGCGGGAGCGGUCUUUAGUGCCUCCAUGCUGGACACCCUGCUGUACCAGGCCUUCGUGAAGGACUAUGUGAUCACCUUUGUGCGCCUGCUGCUGGGCAUUGACCAGGCCCCGGGCAGUGGGUUCCUCACCUCGAUGCGCAUCACCAAGGACGACAUGUGGAUACGCACCUACGGGCGGCUGUACCAGAAGCUGUGCUCCACCACCUGCGAAAUACCCAUUGGCAUUUACCGCACGCAGGACACCUCGAAUGCGGACACCUCUCAUGUGAGUAACUCGCCGGUCGAGAGAUGGGGACCCUUCUCGGCCUUCAGCAGGCAUUGUGUGCGCUUGCGUCCAUCGUACGACGAGGAGACCGGCACGCCCGACUCGACGAAGGACUCGACGGAAAUGCUGCGCGGGGUCACCUACCGGCCGCCGGGGUCGGCAACAGGUGGCGACAGCAGCUUCCGGCCCCAGCCGCAGCGCCAGCGGUCGGUCAACUGCCUGGGCGGUUGCUCGGAGCGCAAGGGAUCAUCCUAUUCCAUCAACCUGGCUGACGAGGCGAGGGACAACCAUGCUCAGCAGAUCGAGCGAGCAGAGAUAGCCAAUCUAGUUAGAAGUCGGAUGGAGUCGCUGAAUCUGCCCACAAUCGACUAUGACGAUGUGAGCGAGAAGCGCAACCACCUGUCCUAUGUGAUAAUCAACCCGAGCUGUGAUCUCAAACUGGAGGAGGGCGAUCUCAUAUACUUGGUUCGGCCGUCGCCGUUCUCGGCCCAAAAGACCUUCGAGCGACACAACUCGCGCCGCAAGUCGAACAUCUCGUUCUGCUCGAACAUCAACCUGGGCGCCACCUGCGGCCCCCAGAUGCCGCAGAUGAACAUGAACAUGGCCAACACCGCCGUCGGGGCUGGAUCGCGUCGAGGCUCGGGCAUCGCCGGCUUGAACCCCAUGCAAAUGCAGAGCGUCCAGACCUUGGCCGGGUAUGGAUCAUCCUCGCAGCGCUGUAGCCCCCCGAUGCAGCAAAUUAAAUCGAAUUCUCUUUCUCUACCCGACAGUCCGACGGUGGUUGGCAAUCAGCGAGGACGGAGUAACUCAUUGCGGAUCGACAACGACAUCCUGCUGCGUCGAUCCUCGUCCCUGCGACAGGGCCUUCCCAGCGUGGGCGUCAGCCACGGCCGGAGAAAGUCGUCGCUGGAGGAGAUCGGCAUAAGUCACUUCACCACCCUCAUGCAGGCCACGAACCACAGCAACCCCAUCAAGAUAUCCCUCAACGGCAGCAUAGGCAUGGAGAAUCAAAUCUCCUUGCAGGUGACCCCGCCCGAGGAGCCCACACCCAUGCUGGGUGUGCCCUGCGUGGUGGGCGGCGGCGGUGGAGGUGGCAUCAACCCAUCCGGAGCAGGCUCCUCCACCGGCGGCAUGCUGGGCGGCGGCUCCUCGCUGGCCAUCAACACCGCAGACCUGGGACCCGGACCCAGUACCUCCUCGGGCGCCAGUGGCUCGCUGCAGCCGCAGGACUCGCUGGGACAGCAGUCGUCGCAGGUGUCAUCGCCGCAGCAUCUGCAGGGAACGAUCGUAUGAUACAACCUGAUGUGGGGGCGCCGACUCCGCUCCUCCAUGUCGAAAAACAAAUGGAUAUAGAACACGGCCAGCACACACAGACACACCCGUAGAGAUAAGUUCUAGGCAGAGCGAAAGUAUUAGGAACCCAACCAAGCAAACCCACCCACCCCAAAAAGGCUGUCUGUGGUGUGUGAGUGUCCAUUUCCAGUUCCAUUCAGUUAGCAUCGUUCGAUAGAUCAGUUCAUUCUUAGGGAGUAACCAAUAGAUAUUGUAUAUUGCAAGUUUUGCAAUUAGCUCUAAGCUAUGAAUAUGUCGGCUUUGCACAAAGGAAGCCGCGUCAAAUUGUGUUUUGGGAACAACAAAUGUAGUUAAACUAUUGGAUAGGUGGGACGACGAUUUAGCAAACUGUAUAACUGUAUAUAUCUGACGCCUAGUUCUAAGCAUAUCCGAGGAGCCACACAUAGCAAACUAUCAAAUAGAUCGGGCUUAAGCGCUAAAAUCCAUGUAUAUACCUUAGGUAUGACCUCUUAGUUGGGCUUCAGCCCGGUUAAGCUUCCCCUGCCCUCGGGCGGAACUUCCCCUGACCCACGUAAACCCCAUAUAGAUACAUAUAUGAAGGUGCUAUCGAUGUCUUGUACUAUACACACCAUUGUAGGAAAGAAAGACGGAGGAAAAUAAACCAAGAAAGUGAAAAGGUUUUCAUAACAUAAAUUGGAACGGGCUUUGGUAUACUCUAAUGCUUUACAAAAACCAACAGAAAUAUGUACACAUAUAUUUAAAUAAAUCAAAGAAUUUGUAUAUAAACUAUAUAAAUGUAAGAACCAAAAAUGCAUUCAAGAAAAACAAAACGAAAACAAACUACUAGCAUCUAAUGAACAACUUAAUUCGAAAAACAACAGAAUCUAGAGAUAGAGCUAGCGUUUAGAGUUAACUAUUAAGGCUAGUUCGGACCGAGAACCGGGUAUCGGCAACUGUACCAAAUUCAAUGAGCUAUAUGAACCCGCGUUCGCAGCUAACACAACCCUGUAGCAUAGUGUUAGGCAACGCAACCCUCGUCCCCCCAACCUCUGACUCAAUUCGAUCCCAGCUGUAGGCUCUUUAGGUAGUAGCUAAGCAACAAUGUACCUACACGACCACAUACCACAAAAACAUCCACUCACUUAAUAAUGUUAGUUGAAGCACCUAUGGCAGUUUUAUAAGGAAUUUUAUUCAACGACGACGAUGAAAUGCAUUCCAGUGUCUCGAGCGAAUACCUAGUUAAGCUUACGCCCGCACCCCAGAAACCUGUUUAUAUAGAUCUGUAUACUUCUGUAUCCGUGUAUCUGCAACCAUAUAGGCCACAUAGAUCGAAUCGAUGUCUCAAUGUACAAAAGUAGUUAACUAAACCGCAUUGGCAUUGGCUGCAGCAUUAGAGAUACGUUUAGUGCGGACUAGGGUAUAAACUUGCUGUAAUAUUUAUCGGCGCCAUGCUCUUUAAGGCAUGCCGAGCAGAACUCACAAUAAACUCAAACUAUAGUUGGAAAUAAA